AUGUGCUCCCGCCAGGACAAGGACCAGUGCCACCAGCAGGAGCGGGCCUCCUGCCACAGCAGCGGGUCCGGUUGCCACGGGACCAGUGGAUCUGGCUGCCAUGGGAGCAGCGGAUCCAGUUGCCACAGGAGCAGCGGAUCCGGUUGCCACAGGAGCAGCGGAUCCGGUUGCCAUGGGAGCAGUGGUGGAUCUGGUUGCCAUGGGACCAGUGGAUCCGGUUGCCAUGGGAGCAGUGGUGGAUCUGGUUGCCAUGGGACCAGUGGAUCUGGUUGCCAUGGGAGCAGUGGUGGAUCUAGUUGCCAUGGGAGCAGUGGAUCCGGUUGCCAUGGAAAGCCGCAGGAGUGCCAGCAGCAAAUCUACCAAGUGUCCUCAAAGAUGAAGUGA